AUGCCUCCCUUCGCUCCGGCCGUGCGUGCCGAGAACACCUUCGCCGCACAGUCGGGCAAGCCUGUGCUCGGCAAGUUCACUCCCGCCAACAAUGGUGGACAGCCUCGGAGGCUCGCCGUCAUGACCUCCGGUGGUGACUCGGCGGGCAUGAACGCCGCCGUCCGCUCCGUCGUCAAGAUGGCCAUCGUCCGCGGCUGCGAAGCAUUCGUCAUCAGAGAAGGCUGGGAGGGCCUCGUGCGCGGCAACCACACGCCCGAACACACCCCUUCCGCCACACCCUCCAUCAGCAGGAAAUCCUCCACCACCUUCGUCGACACUUCCGACCCUAAGGGCAAGGCGACUCCUCCGGCCGAGCACGACGAGCAGACCGGCUUUGUCCCCACGUACGGAGAGGGCGAGCUGCUCAGGGAAGGCGUCGGCGAGGCGCAGGAGCUCGGCCUCCGCGGGCGCUACAUCAUCCGCGUCGGCUGGGACGACGUGCGAGGCUGGAUGGACCAGGGCGGCACGCUCAUCGGCACCGCCCGUUCCAAGACCUUCCGAACGCCCGAAGGCCGAGAGCAGGCCGCGUACAACCUCAUCAUCAACGGCAUCGACGCUCUCGCCGUGUGCGGAGGUGACGGUAGUCUCACAGGUGCCGACAAACUGCGUGCAGAGUGGCCCGACCUCGUCGCCUCGCUCAAGGCCAAGGGCAGGAUCACCGAGGAGCAAGCUUCCAAGUUUGCCCAUCUCAACAUCGUCGGCCUCGUCGGCUCCAUCGACAACGACAUGGCCACCACCGACAUCACCAUCGGCGCCUCGACAGCUCUGCAGCGCAUCUGCGAGGCCGUCGAUUCCAUCUCCUCCACCGCCGCCUCGCAUUCCCGAGCCUUUGUCGUCGAAGUCAUGGGCCGUCACUGCGGCUGGCUCGCUCUCAUGGCCGGUAUCGCCACCGGCGCAGACUACGUCUUCAUCCCAGAGCGACCUCCCCAGGGCCAGGAGUGGCACUCCGAGAUGUGCGAGGUUCUCCAGAAGCACCGCGACCUCGGUAAGCGAAAGUCGAUCGUCAUCGUCGCUGAGGGCGCUAUCGAUCGCGAACUCAACGACAUCACGCCCGACAUGAUCAAGGACGUCCUCUCCAAUGACCUCGGCCUCGACACUCGCGUCACCACGCUCGGACACACCCAGCGUGGUGGCAAGCCCGACGCCAACGACCGCAUCCUCGCCACGCUCCAAGGUAUCGAGGCCGUGGACGCCGUGCUGGAGGCGACGCCCGAAACUCCCUCGUACGUGAUCGGUAUCAGCGAGAACAAGAUCACCCGCAUCCCGCUCAUGUUCGCCGUCGAGCAGACUCAGAAGGUGGCCAAGCUCAUUGAGUCCAAGGACUUUGAUGGCGCCCUCGACCUGCGCGAUCCCGAGUUCGCAGAGGGUCUGCGCGCCUUCAAGUACAUCAGCCAAAUCACCGACGACGAGAUGCUGCCCGAGAAGAAGCGCCUCCGCAUGGGCAUCAUCCACGUCGGCGCUCCUGCAGGCGGCAUGAACGCCGCGACUCGCACCGCAGUGCGCUACUGCCUUGCCAAGGGCCACGAUGCCGUGGUCAUCUACAACGGUUUCCCCGGCCUGCUCGAGGACAACGUCUCGGUGCUCAACUGGCUGCGUGUCGACAACUGGGCCACAAGAGGCGGCUCCGAGCUCGGCGUCAACCGUCACCUGCCAGACAUCGACAUCGGCGCAGUGGCUGCCAAGCUGCAAGAGCACAAGAUCGAAGGCCUGCUCAUCGUCGGCGGCUUCGAGGCUUUCAGCUCGGUCAAGAUUCUCAACGACAACCGCGAUCGCUACCCAGCCUUCCGCAUUCCCAUCGUGGGCCUGCCCGCUACUAUCUCGAACAAUGUGCCGAUGAACGAGUUCUCGCUCGGCUCCGACACCUCGCUCAACGCCCUGGUCGAUGCAUGCGACGCCGUCAAGCAGUCGGCUUCGGCUUCGCGCAAUCGUGUGUUUGUGGUCGAGACACAAGGUGGCAAGUGCGGCUACAUUGCUGUCAUGGGUGCGCUUGCCGCCGGUGCUGUGCUCGUCUACACGCCCGAGGUGGGCAUCGGUCUGCACCAGCUCGGCAAGGAUGUGGCUUUCCUCAAGAAGCGUUUCCUUCUCGACGUCAAGGGCAAGUCCGAGGGCAGGCUGGUCAUCCGAAACGAAAAAUCGUCCGACGUGUUCACCACCGAGGUCAUCACCAAGAUUCUCAAGGAGGAGGGCAACAGCCUCUUUGACGCGCGAUCCGCGAGUCUCGGUCACACGCUGCAGGGCGGUGUGCCUUCGCCGUUGGACCGUGUGCGUGCGACGCGUCUGGCGCUCAAGUGCUGCGAGUUCCUCGAGGCCGAGGCGCUCAAGCAGCGCAGCUCGUCGUCCACAUCGUCCAAGAUCGGCGCGGGCGCGUCGGAAAAGUCGUACUCGGACCAGACAGCCGUGAUGAUCACCAUCCAGGGAUCCACCAUCUGCUUCACCUCCGCUACCGAGAUGGCAAGGAAUGCGGACAUGAAGAACCGACGCGGCAAGACCGCGUGGUGGCACGAGUUCAAGGCGCUCGUCGAGCUGCUAGGUGGCCGCACUUCCCUGGCAGAGCUGUAG